GCUCUGCCUUUGAUUAAAAUGUCUGGGGGGGCGUGUUCACGGUGCAGCAGCGCCCCCUGCGGUGUUUACUGGUAACAGUCACAGGUCAGAUGAUCCGAGAGCUUCAUAGUAAAUAGACGGAGGCGAUCCACCGGGGCCAUGCCUUCAUAGACUCUUUAAAUCACCUCCAGAAGACCACAUAUCCACACUCGGACACUCGUUUCCUACAGACGCCGCUUUUCUGUCUGUUUUGGGUCAUAUCGGCGUGUAAACGUGUCAUUAUUAAAGUAUGUAUCGGUCUCUGUACGCCUUCCGAUCCGCGGAGCCCAACUCCCUGCACUUCGCGGCCGGAGAAAGCUUCCUAAUCCUGGAGAGGAGCAACAAACACUGGUGGCUGGGGUCCCGCUGCAGCUCGGGGGAAACCGGCUACAUCCCAUCAUCAUACAUCGAGAAAAUACAGGCUCCGGAGCAGGAUGAGGUGCUGCAGUCUAUUGACAGAGCAAUCGAAGGAAUCCACAAUGUGGCCUUAAAAAACGGAGGCAAAUACAAUCUGGAACAGAGAGAUGUUCUCCAAAAGUUGAUCCAUCACAGAAAGGAGACGCUUGCACGACGAAGCUCCUCUUCCCCCGGUCUCAAACAAGGCCUCCCGUCCUCCAGCAGUGAAAUAUCUCUCAGUCAGACUCCUCCACCCAACGGCCUUAACCGGGACUACGGACGACAGGGGAGCGUGCCACUAUCAGGAAGCGCAGACAAUAUACAGGCAGAACAGGGCUUUUAUCAGGUGCCUCCUCAAGCUCGACGUGCGGCUCCGAUCACCCCACCUCCUCCUGAGAAACAGAGAAACAGCCGCCGUCUAGAGCCGGAGGUGCCUUCCAGAGGGUCCUCUCUCCCUCCGUCCCCUGCUCCCUCCCUCACGAUCAGCACCACCUCUCUGGAGUCUGGCUCCUCCCGCUCACCGGCCUCCUCUGAAGUCAGCUUGCCAAGUGUUUCCAGCACCCCUCCUCCUCCUGUGCCAUCUCGUGUGAAACCCACUGCACCGCCUGUAGACGCGCUGCCCUCUGACUCCCCUCCUCAGCCGGCUCCUGCAAAGAAGAGCCCGGCUCCACAGCCUCCCCGGCUCACCCCUCCUCCCUCGCAGCCCGCUGUGGAGGAGCAGCCGGAGAGCGAAUGGCCUGUUGCUCCCCCUUCUGUCGCUGAAAGCCCUCCUGGCAGCCCCACUACCCCUGAGCCAGUGCCCAUGACUAUCGGGGCCGAGCUGAUCGAGCUGGUACGGAAGAACACGGGCCUGAGUUACGAGCUGUCGCGGGUGGCGGUCGGCGUGGUGGUCGGCCAUCUGCAGACGGCCUUACCUCAGGCUUCCUCCGAUCUGGAGCAAGUUCUCCUCUCGCUGGUGGAGAGCAAGGAUCUGAGCUCAGCGCUGCCGCAGGGCCAGGUGUGUCACGAUGAACAGAGGCUGGAGGUGAUCUUCAGCGACCUCGCCCGACACCGGGACGAUUCUCAGCAGCGCAGCUGGGCGCUUCACGAAGACCACGCUCUCAUCGCCUGCUACCUCGAGGAGCUGCUGAAGAUACUGACUGAUGCAGAUCCAGAGGUGUGUAAGAGGAUGUGCAAAGUCAACCACUCUGAGAAUGUGCUGUCUCUGGUGUCAUACUAUCAGAUGGAGCACCGUGUGUCUCUUCGGCUGCUGCUGCUCAAAGUGUUCGGGGCGAUGUGCAGCCUGGACGCGUCGCUCAUCUCCUCCCUCCUCAACUCCAUCCUCCCCAUGGAGCUGGCCAGAGACCUCCAGACUGACACUCAAGAGCACCAGAAGAUGUGUUACACAGCUUUGGUACUUACUAUGAUCUUCUCAAUGGGUGAACAAGUGCCAUAUCAUCACUACGAACACUUGAAUGCUGACUUUGUUAAGUUUCUGCUGGGCGUGGUGGAGGACGGGCUGCCCUCUGAUCCCACAGAGCAGCUGCCUGACAUCUUCCUGAACCUCCUGCUGUCCUUCAAUCUGCACCACACAGCACCCAGCAACAAUGUGAUCAUGCAGGAACUGAAGGAGAAAAAUGUGAAGAUCCUGACAGAGAAAGUGCUGCUGCUUCUGAACAGAGGCGACGACCCUGUGUGCAUGUUCAAACACACCCCGCCUGCACCUCACGCAGUGCUGAAGUUCCUGCAGGAUGUUUUCGCCAGCCGAGAGACCGCUGACAUCUUCUACCGCACUGACAUGAUGGUGAUGAUCGACAUCGCUGUUCGACAAAUAUCUGACCUUUCACCUGGAGACAAGCUGAGGAUGGAGUAUCUGUCCCUCAUGCACUCCAUAAUACGCUCGACGGACUACCUCGAGCACCAGCACCGCCUGUCCGACCUGCAGGGCGUGCUGCAGAGGAUUCUCAGGGAGGAGGAAGACCUGGGAGAGGACGAAGGGAGCGCGACAGCCAAGCAGAUGGAUAAGCUAAUUGUUCAGCAGAUCCACAAGGAGUUCCCACAGAUCUGUGAGAGCCAGGACUAACCAUGUCAGUAUCAUGCUCACACACUGUAGUCUGCUCCCGUCUACUGCAGGAAGGUACAAUAAAGCUUGAAAGAAGAACUGACAUUUGACGGGACACCCUGUAUUCUGUGCCAGCCUGCGCUGAGAGAAGCUAACCAGUGUUGCCAACAUUUUUCUUUUUUCUUCUUGUAGUCCAGGGCUGCAUGUGAUGUUGAUUUCAGAAAGAUUUUCCUGCUUUUUCGCACCUUUUCCCUCCUUCAAUGAA